UUAAAAGGCGGUGCUUGCUUCCAAGUCCGUUGUUUUCACCUUUGGGCUUAACGCUGAGAAGUCCUCACUCUCUCUCACUCUCACCGGCGAUUGAGCAUCAUGGCAAUCCCUGCGGCGGCGAAGGCGAAGGCGAAACCGACGGAGACGGCGACGGCGAAUAGCUCGUCAAUGACGUCGACGGUCAGAGCCUACUCCAUGCCUCUGAUUCUCUUCCUCGCCGCCAUGUAUUUCCAGCUCUCUAUUAUCCCCAAAUCCUUCCCUCCUUCUCACUACGACGUACUUGGUUUGAGGAGUCAGAGCUCCGUUGAAGAAGUGAAGGAGGCCUACGACAACGUUUCUUCCACCUGGAAUUCCGAAGCGCAAGCUCCUGAUUCUCUAGUGUUUAUAAAGAUUCGAUAUGCCUAUGAGUUGCUGACAAAUCCAUCAUGGAAAAGAAACUACGAUAAUUUUGGCUUUGAGGAGCAAAUAGAUGUAAUUGAGAAACUCAAAAAGCAAUAUGCUGGUGAAAGCUUUUCACGUAUAGACCUUCCUUUACUAGAGUCUGCUGCUUCAGAUUCUGAAGAUCAUAACCUCCCGGUCCUUACCUCUAGGGAUUUCCAGACCAUGUUUCAGGAAAACAAGCCCUGCCUAAUUAAAUUGUGCUCAUUUGGGAGCAAAAGCUGUGAUCAAUUUUCUCAGGCCUGGAAAAGAAUUGCUGGUUUCUUGGAUGGUGUGGCAAAUGCUGCUCAGAUAGAUCUCGAAGAGAUUCAGCUAGCAACAUAUCUUGCUGAGAGAAAACCAACCGGACAACCUUUUUUCAGGAAUGGCCUUCCUUCUUUUGUUGCUUUUCCCCAGGGAUGUAAAAGUGCCAAGUGCCUUAUUAGGUAUGAAGGAGGCCCCUCUAUUGAUUCAAUUACAGACUGGUUUGCAACAACCAUACUCGGUUUACCUCGUAUUCUUUACUACUCAAAGGAGUCACUGGCAGAGAAGUUUCUAGCAAAAGUUAGCCUUCAUAAGGUAAAAGUCAUUUUCUUCUCAAAAACAGGGGAGCGUGCAGCUCCAUUCAUACGCCAAGUGGCUAAAAACUAUUGGGCUCAUGCUUCUUUUGCAUUUGUACUGUGGCGAGAUGAGGAAUCUUCCUUUUGGUUCAAUUCGUUUGAAGUUGAAUCUGCACCUGCUAUAGUGUUUCUGAAAGAUCCUGGUGUCAAGCCUGUUGUGUACCAUGGGUCUUUCAGCAAUUCACGUCUCUUAAAUAUAAUCGAACAGAAUAAAGAGCAAGAGCUUCCUCAGUUGAGGAGUACAACGUCUAUGCAAUUGGGUUGCGAUGCCCAUGGCUAUUCUCGUGCUGGGUAUGAUACAGUUACUUGGUACUGUGCUGUUAUAGCUGGAAGGCAUAGCCCACAACUCAGUCAAAUGCGCAGAACCAUGCGCAGGGUUCAAGAAAAUUUAUCGAAUGAAGUUGAGUCAGUUCCAGCUGAUGAAGAACCAUAUACAGCACCAGCAGCACAUGCACUUAAAAGUAAAAGACUGACAUUUGCUUGGCUUGAUGGGGAAGCACAAAAGAAAUAUUGUCAAUUCUUCCUCCAUUCUGAAACCAGCUAUGAAACUUGUGGAUCAAGGACAGAUAUGACCGAUGUGCCCAAGUUGUUUAUUAUACGUUACAAAAGGAAUGUAACAGAAGAGAGUGAUAAACCAGAAGGAAGGCCAAAAAGCAUAUGGGAUUCACUUCGAGACCAGGAAUUAGAUCCUGCAGCACAGCUUGUGGCAAAGUACAAUGGUUCAGAUGAAAUAUCAGAGAUCACCAAAUGGAUCUCACAGAUAAUCAAAGAUGGUGAUGCCAGAGAACUUCCUCACUAUAGAACAAGAACUCCUCAACUGGUUCCUGAUGAUUCAGAACCAAUAUGGUCUGGCAGUGUGCAACGUAUUCCUUCAACAAUCACGAUAAAGCAGAGCAUCAUUGGCAUUUUACGUGGAGUAUACGAUCGUAUGGAAGAUCCUAGAAUUGGUCCCAUCUUACUUCUGGCAGCACUAAUGUCUUUCGGUACCAUCUGGCUUCGAAGAAGUCAAGUAACUCAAUUGUCUAAUCAAUCAAACUCCAAGGAUAAAAGCAGACGAAGGAGGAGAGACCGCACCGGAGCAGCAUCUACUCAAGAUCUACCUCCUUCCAUUACUGAUUUAGAACCCAGAGAUUCUUAUGAAAUGCCACUAUCAGGUUCCGACUCCGAUCAGUAGAAAUGCUGCUGGAUUAUUUUGGAGUUUGGAGAAAAGAAAAGAGCAAUGCUCACUAAUCCCAUACUAAAGCAUUUAUAGAUGCUGACAGAUCACUACUGAUUAUAUUAAUUAAGGCAUGAACAAGCCCCAGAUAUCCCAGACUAAGGAUCUUUUGGUCAAGUUCCCUCUUUAAAUUUCACAGAAUGGUUCACUAGGUAUUUACUUUCAGAAAGAUUUUCAAUUUAGACUAUGGUUCUGUAAAGGAAUGCCCAAAUCUUUUGUACAUUUUCACACAUGUUCCAGUUAGUUGAAGAAGAUUUCGACUUGCAAGAAACUGUGACUCACAUUCUGGAAAGUGUGCUUUACAUCUCUAUAAUUGUUAUGAAAAAGACCCUUGUUUAUUUU